UACGAUACACUCCGCCAACUCCACUUGUGCCUCGAGGAUGGCGUCUUCGGGCCGUGCUUCUACCUCCGCUGCUGCUGGGCUCGACCCUAGUCUGUACGGCUACGCCAUGCUUAUGGGAAUCGGUGGCAAGCUGUCGACGAGCAGCAGCGACGAUAGCAGCAGCGACGAAAGCAGCAGUAGCAGCUCUUCCGGCAGUGACAGCGGAAACAGCGACGUCGCGUCGGCCGGCCCGUCCCAGUCAAAGGACGUCAAAAGCGUGCCGUCCACUUCCAGCGCCGCAGCCGUCGUCGUUGGGAGCGAGCCACUGGCCGGCCCGUCCCAGUCGAAGGACAUCGAAAGCGUGCACCCGUCCACCUCAGGCACCACAGCCGUCUUCGUUAGGAGCGAGCGACCGGGCGGAGCGUCCCAGUCAAGGGACAUCGAAAGCGUGCCGUCUACCUCCGGCACCGCAGCCGUCGUCGUUAGGAGCGAGCCACAGAUCUGGAUUCAGCCAAACCUCGUCCGUCCGGCGGACUUUCCUAGUGACCACCCGGACCAAGUUAACGACUGGAGCGAUUGGCCCCAGUUCCCUCCCAAGAAGGUGGAUCCACAGCGGGCGAUCGUGGAGAGACUGCCGGCCAUGCUUCCCCAUGUCAUCCUCGUCAACAAGCACGAGUUCCUGCUGCAUAGGAUAGAACUGCUGAUACACACACAGGGCAGGUUCAUGAAGCCAGCGCCUGAGUUUCGGAUUACAAACUUGGUGGAUAAGUGGCAGUACACGGUCUGGCUCACCUUCACGGAUUACACUGGGCGCCAAUGCGUUGGUCAGUACUGCCACCCGGAUUCACCGCGGCCCGGUUUCUGGUUGUACGGCCGGGUGCUGUCUUUUUCCAAGCUCAAGCUCUUCUCCAACGAGAAAAACAUCCCGAACCCGCCUCCGAUCACUCUGAGGUGUUACCACACUUACCGUAUCCAAGUGAAUGUUGGGAUUGUGGACGAUUACGGACACAUCAUCAGCGCAUCGGUCGUGCGGCAAUCUGUUGGUGACCGCUUCAUUGCCGUCGCAACCUGAAAUUCUAGUCUCAAGCCUCGAGUCAAGAAAACGUUCAAGACUGAGUCACAUUAAGCAAAGCCUCCCUCUGAUGCUGUGAGCUCAGUGCGUGGCAUUUUACCAAAUCUCUAUCUAACAGACGAUGCUUCUUUCUGCUGAAAACUAUGGUUUGCUUUAGAAAAGUGGUUUUUACAAUAGAUGUACUUAUGCAAAUUUCACUUGCACGAAUUUGUUAUGACCAUAACCGGAAAUUGCAAUGUCUUGUAGAC